AGGAAACUCGCUGGAGAACUUCUCGCUCUGAAAGCUCAGCACAGGGCUGCGCACAACUUUUGGACGCGUGCUCCUCUCUCUGCUCAACUUCUACGCACAGGGAACUGACUGCGGCGUGAACCGGGACCACUGAGCGCUGGGGCUUCAGAGAAGAGCGAGGAGAGGGGGAUAUAUCAGGACGGGACUGCUGGCUGGGGCUGAUUUUGUUUUUGUUUGUUUUUUUUUUUGUGGAGAAAACUUUUUUAUUUUUAUUUGUAAAGCUUUUAGGAAUAUCUCACAGAGACGCUUUACUUCUCCGAUUGCUUCACUUCUCUUUUCACUUUACUGCACUUAGUUUUUUUUUCUAGUGAUCUAGUGAUGUGCACAUGGACUUUUCUCGUGCACUCGCUUUUCUCCUCGUUUCUUCGGUUCGGACGCGAGUGAAUGGAUCGCUAUUAAAGUUUCGUUAACUUUAUUGGGCUUUCGGAAGGAGUUACUAGAGAAGUUGCGCGCGCUCUGGUUUAUAAAGGGCUGUAUAUCUUGUACUGGUUCUCUUGGACAUUUUUCACAAUCUGCGCGUGGCACUUUUCUGGCUUUGCACGAGCGGACAGAGGGAUUUCUGUCUGAUAGGAUUGUUUUUAUCCUGUUUUUGUUGAUUUGUUGGUCUCUUUUCGACACUUCUCGCGAGCCCUUGUUUGACGUGUGCGCGGAAAGCGAGCGAGAGAGAGAGGAUGCGAGCGCGCGCGCAGCAGAAGCGCUGGCCGGCCGGUGGCGGAGUACUCGCGCUGCUCCUCGCGCUGCUGCUGAGCGUCGCCGCUGUUAGCGGAUGCCCGGCCAAGUGCAGCUGCUCGGGGUCGCACGUGGAGUGCCAGCAGCAGGGAUUCCGGUCGGUGCCGAGAGGAAUCCCGAGGAACGCCGAGCGACUAGAUCUGGACAGGAAUAACAUCACUCGGAUCACCAAAGUGGACUUUUCUGGGCUCAAAAAUCUGCGAGUUCUGCACUUGGAGAACAAUCAGAUCAGUGUGAUUGAGAGAGGAGCAUUUCAGGACCUCAAGCAGCUGGAGAGAUUGCGCCUGAACCGGAACCGGCUGCAGGUUCUGCCGGAGCUGCUGUUCCAGUCCACACCCAAGCUGGGCCGCCUGGACCUGAGUGAGAACCAGAUUCAGGCCAUCCCUCGCAAGUCUUUCCGCGGAAUCACCAACGUCAAGAACCUGCAACUGGACAGCAACCACAUCAGCUGCAUCGAAGAUGGAGCCUUCCGAGCCCUGCGCGAUCUGGAGAUCCUCACUCUCAACAACAACAACAUCACGCUCAUCCCGCUGUCCAGCUUCAACCACAUGCCCAAGCUGCGGACUCUGCGUCUGCAUUCCAACAACCUGCACUGCGACUGCCACCUGUCCUGGCUCUCUGAUUGGCUGCGACAGAGGAAGGGGCUUGCCCAUUUUACACAGUGCAUGUCGCCCGCCCACAUGAGAGGGCUCAGCGUCCCUGAUGUACAGAAGAGAGAUUUCGUCUGUACAGGCCCUGCCCAGUCAGAGCCGAGGUCCUGCGCUCCCCAAGCAUCCGUCUGUCCUGCCAGCUGCAGCUGCACCAACAACAUCGUGGACUGCAGAAGAAAAGGGCUGACGGAAAUCCCGGCCAACCUACCCGAGGGCAUCGUGGAAAUUCGUCUGGAGCAAAACCUGAUUAAGAGCAUCCCUCCCGGAGCUUUCUCUCCAUACAAGAAGCUGAAGAGGAUAGAUCUGAGUAAGAAUCAUAUUUCGGAUAUCGCAGAUGACGCCUUCAGUGGCCUACGCUCCCUCACCUCACUGGUCCUGUAUGGAAACAAAAUUGCAGAGAUUCCCAAGGGGCUGUUUGAUGGCUUGGUCUCCCUGCAACUGCUACUGCUCAACGCCAACAAAAUCAACUGUCUGAGGGUGAACACCUUCAAAGACCUACAGAGCCUUAAUCUGCUCUCUCUCUACGACAACAAGCUGCAGACCAUCAGCAAAGGCCUGUUUACUCCUCUCCGCGCCAUCAAGACCCUGCACCUUGCUCAGAACCCCUUCAUGUGUGACUGCCACCUGAAAUGGCUGGCUGACUACCUGUUUGAUAACCCCAUCGAGACCAGCGGGGCGCGCUGCAGUCACCCGCGCCGCCUGGCCAACAAGCGCAUCAGCCAGAUCAAGGGCAAGAAGUUUCGCUGCACAGGUUCUGAGGACUACCGCAGUCGUCUGACCGGCGAGUGCUUCCAGGACCUGGUGUGCCCGGAGCGCUGCCGCUGUGAGGGGACAGUGGUGGACUGUUCCAACCUUAAACUGACCAGCAUACCUCCUCACCUGCCUGAACACACCACUGACCUGCGCCUGAACGACAAUGAGAUCUCAUCGCUGGACGCCACAGGGGCCUUUAAGAAGCUCCCAAACCUGCGGAAAAUAAACCUGAGUAACAACAAGCUGCGGGACAUCCGGGAAGGGGUGUUUGAUGGGGCUGGGGGUGUCCUGGAGCUGCUGCUGACCGGAAACAAGCUGCAGGCUGUCCAGGGCCGAAUGUUCAGAGGCCUGACUGGCCUUAAGACUCUGAUGCUGAGAAGUAACCAGAUCACCUGCGUGGACAACGCCACCUUCACCGGCCUCAGCUCUGUGCGCCUGCUCUCCCUCUAUGACAAUCGGAUCUCCACUAUUGCCCCGGGAGCCUUCAACACCCUACACUCCCUCUCCACCAUAAACCUGCUGUCCAACCCCUACGUGUGUGACUGUCACCUGGCCUGGCUGGGGCUGUGGCUGAAGAAGACGCGGGUGGUGAGCGGAAACCCUCGCUGCCAGAGACCCGCCUUCCUGAAGGAGAUUCCCAUACAGGACGUGGCUGCGCCGGACUUCACCUGCGAUGGUGUAGAAGAGAAUGCCUGUUUGCCAUCAGUCCCUCGCUGUCCAGACCCUUGCACAUGCUCAGAUACAGUGGUGCGCUGCAGCAACCACGGUCUGCGUUCUCUACCCAAGGGCAUCCCCAAGGACACCACCGAACUAUACCUGGAGGGCAACAUGCUGACAUCAGUUCCCAAAGAGCUGUCCAGUCUGAAGCAGCUCUCACUUGUAGACCUGAGUAAUAACAGUAUCAGCUCCCUGACUCCCUUCAUCUUCAGCAACAUGACUCAGCUCUCCACACUCAUCCUGAGUUAUAAUCAGAUACGAUGUGUGCCAGUGCAUGCGUUUGAUGGACUGCGCUCCCUGCGUCUGCUGACCCUCCACGGCAACGACCUUUCAACUAUUCCAGAGGGAGCCUUCAACCACUUGACGUCUCUGUCUCAUCUGGCUCUGGGUGCUAACCCACUGUACUGUGAUUGUGAGCUUCGCUGGCUCUCUCAGUGGGUGAAGGCUGGUUUUAAAGAACCUGGCAUUGCCCGCUGUACCGGCCCACCAGACAUGGCUGACCGCCUGCUGCUGACCACCCCCCUCAACCGCUUCCAGUGCAAGGGUCCUGUGGAUUUAAAUCUAAUGUCCAAGUGCGCCCCCUGUCUGGCCACCCCCUGUCAGAACAAUGGGACCUGUGUCAGUGAUGUCACCGGAUCCUACCACUGCACCUGUCCCUUCGGCUACAAGGGCCGGAACUGCGAAAUAGCUGCUAACGCCUGCCUCAGCCAGCCCUGCAUCAACGGAGGCACGUGCCACCUGACGCCCGGCCAGGAGGGCCACUUCAGCUGUGUAUGCCCACCUGGUUUUGAGGGCCAGCGCUGUGAGGUGAAUCCCAACGACUGUGAAGACAAUGACUGUGAGAAUAACUCCACCUGCGUGGACGGCAUCAACAACUACACCUGCGUCUGCCCUCCCAACUACAGAGGAGAUCUGUGUGAGGAGGUAGUGGAUGCCUGCUUGCCUGGAUUUGACCCCUGCCAGCAUGACUCCAAGUGUGUUCCCCUGACCAGGGGCUACAGGUGUGAGUGUUUGCCAGGCUAUGUGGGGCAGCACUGUGAGCAGGACUAUAACGACUGCCUGGAGAACAAGUGUCAGCACGGGGCCGAGUGUGUGGAUGCCAUUAACGGCUACACCUGUGUGUGUAAGGAUGGGUUUAGUGGUCUCUUCUGCGAGAACCCUCCUCCUAUGAUCCUGCUGCAGAAGACGAGUCCGUGUGACCAGUCCGACUGUCAAAACGGAGCAGAGUGUGUGUUAAUGGAGGGUGAGCCUGUGUGCCGCUGUCUGCCCGGCUUCUUCGGCAACAAGUGCCAGAAAAUGCACACCGUGCACUUCUUAGGCAAGGAGUCGUUCAUACAGCUCCCCAGAACAAAGAUCUUAUCUUCUACUCACAUUUCCCUACAGGUAGCUACUGAUAAGGACAAUGGAAUGCUGCUGUAUAAGGAGGAUCACGACCCUCUGGCUAUAGAGCUCUAUCAAGGCCACAUCCGACUAAUGUACGACAUUGCCAAGUACCCUCCUACAACUGUGUACAGUGUGGAGUCAGUGAAUGAUGGAUUCUUCCACACGGUGGAGUUACUAAUCCAGAAUCAGACGCUCAGUCUGGUGGUGGAUAAAGGAGCCCCCAAAAGUCUGGGAAAGCUGCCCCGGCCGCCCACAGUGGAGACCAACACCAGGCUGUAUAUUGGAGGCGUUCCCUCAGAGCUCAGCUCACCAAGCUCACGUUCUGGAGCUGACCGCCAGUCUCAGUCUUUCAACGGCUGCAUCCAUAAUGUGCGAAUCAAUGGGGAGCUGCAGGAGCUGGGCAGUGGGCUGGACAGUGUAAAGGCUAUCCUGCCUGGCUGCCACGCUUGCAGUGUGUGUGCUCAGGGUGAGUGCAGGCAGAGGGAUGAUGUGGGAGUAACCUGUGAGUGUCCAGCAGGCAGCACCGGCCCAUUGUGUGACCAGCAGGGGACAAGCAACCCCUGCCAGAACAGCAGGUGUGUGCACGGCCAGUGUGUGGCUAAUGGUUUGGCGUACAGCUGCAAGUGCGCUCAGGGUUACUCAGGCCCGUACUGUGUGACGAGAGAGGAGCCGUUGGCCUGCAGGGGGCUCCACUGUGUGCAUGGCGAGUGCAGAGUGGAUGAGAGUGGAGAGGCAACAUGUGCCUGCCAGCCUGGAUACACUGGCCCUACCUGUGAAACAGAGCUGAGCUGUCAGGGCGAGAUGAUCCGGGAGCAGCUGAAGCGUCACAUGGGCCACAAGACGUGCACGUCCACCAUUAAGGUUCCCAGGAUGGAGUGCCCACGGGUCUGCCACCCGGGCCUGUGCUGCACCUCCACCAAAAGCCGCAGACGGAAAAUCACCUUCAAGUGCUCCGACGGCUUCACCUUCUCCGAAGAGCUGGAGACAACCUUGGAUUGCAACUGCUCGAAAUGCCCCUCAUAAUGACCCCCAUGAUACCCCCCAACCCCCAAACAGGAGGAGCCAGAGGGAAAAAAGAAAAUAUAUUGUAAAAUAAAUAAAAGCAAAUAGAACUUAUUUUUAUUAAGGGAUUUUUUUCUAAAGAGGAAGAGACUUUUUAUGAUGUUGCAUAUAUGUGUGAUAUGAAAAGUUAUUUUGUAUCAGUGAACAAAAAACCCCACACACAGCCGAUUAACAUUCCUGAAAAUAUAUGAUUUUUUAUAUAUAUAUGUGUGUAAAAAUCUAUAUAAAUGUACAACCUAACCUAAGGAUUAAUUUGGUUUGUGUAUUGCAUGUCUGUGUGAGAGGGGGGAGAUUUCGGGACACUUUACGAGAUGAAAAGGUGAAAUGUGCCCAUACUGCCGAUCAGAAGAGCACAUGCUGAGGAACCUCCAACAAGAAGAGGAUCUCAAAAAUUUUGUGCUCUGCUGGUGAAACAGGAACUUUUUUUGCUACCAGUGCCUCUUACCCAGGAUGCCUUGUAAUGGACUCCAUAGGGCUCAUCUGCAGAGUAAAUGGAACUGUGGGCUGAUAGGAUUGGAACUUCUUCUCUCCAGAGCUCUGACUGAACUGGUCCUCAAUUUUGUGCUUCAGUUCCUUUCGGUUGUGUUUCGUUUUGUUUUUUGUUUUUUAUCAUUAUUUUUCUUUGCAUUUUGUUUGUGUGUUUACAUUUUCCCAUCAGAGAAAGGUGGGAACACCAUAGAUCCACAGACGUUCUUGAAGGAUGGCUCUGGAUCUCUAGUCAUCUUCACACUUCAUCAGAGCUCAGUCAGAGUAUUGCGUGUAUUUCUCACAUGACUGCAUGAAGUACAUGUGUGAGGCUGAAUGUGAACUCUUACUCAGAGGUCAGGCAGUGUGGUCAGUCCUGCUAUCUGCUCUGUAUUAGCAGUAUUGUUGCUCCAGUUCACACAUAUGGUCUUAUAGCAGUAGCAGUACAGGCCGACCAAACACAGAGCGCAGUGACAGCUGUGAUGUGAGGAAAAGCUCUCCAUAUUGACGCAGUAUUCCGUCAUAACCGUCCCUUACUAAUAUAUUAAACACAAAUAUGUUAUGCCCAUUACUACUGUAUUUUGUAUCAUAUCCCCAUUGUUUUUUGUUUUGUUUUUGUUUUUUCACAAAAAUUCAAAGUCUUACAGAUGUCCGUCUCAUGAAUAUGAAAUUUCCCACAGGAAAGGUUUAAAGGAUCAGCUAUUAAUUGUAACCUCAACUUCGACUCCUGCUCGCCCCGUCCUCGUCAUGGAAUAAAUGAUCAGAGCUGUGUUUCCCAAAAGCUUCUGAGCACCAAAGGUGAUUCUUAAGUGGUCGAGUCAGCAUCAUACUGAACACUCUCUCUCUACCACUUAAGAUCAUCUUAACACUAGGCUGCUUUUCAGAAACUGGACCCAGGUCUAAUUAAAUCUAAUUAAGUCUGCUACAACUGAUAAAUGAGCUGAUAUAAGAUACAGUAUAUUAACACUUGUAAAGAUAAAGAUGGUGGAACUAAUAGAAGGUCAUAUCUGGUUAAAUAUGAACUAGAGAGUGAUGAAUAACUUACUAUGAAUGUUGAAUUAAAAUCUUUUAAUGAA